UUUCGAGCUCAAUCGCUUUCUCUCCCAUCAAUCCCAGAACAGUCAUGACCCGCCACACUCCCGAGUUCCUGCGGGCGCGCAGCUCCAACCUCUCGCUGCGCUCCACGGCCUUGGAGCAGUCGACGGCCAUGCGCCCCGACAUCGUCAUCGACAACACGAUGGACGCCAAGGACCUGAGGCCCGAGGCCUUCACCAAGCCCUACCUCGAGUUCAUGACCGAGAACCCGACCGUCUUCCACGCCGUCGAUUACUUCAAGCAGAAGCUGCUCAAGGCCGGCUACAAGGAGCUCUCGAGUCGCGACAGCUGGAUCGGCAAGCUCGAGCCCGGCGGCAAGUACUUCACUACCCGCAACGGCAGCUCCAUCAUCGCCUUUGCCGUGGGCGCCUCCUACAAGCCCGGCAACGGCGUCGCCAUGAUCGCCGGCCACAUAGACGCCCUGACUGCCCGCCUGAAGCCGACGAGCAAGAAGCCAAACACGCACGGCUACGUGCAGCUGGGCGUUGCCCAGUACGCCGGCGCCCUGAACGAGACGUGGUGGGACAGAGACCUGGGCAUCGGCGGCCGCGUCAUUGUGCGCGACCCGGACACGGGCAAGACGACCGUGAAGCUCGUCAAGCUCGACUGGCCUAUCGCCCGCAUCCCGACCCUGGCUCCCCACUUUGGCAUCGGCAUGACGGGCCACAACAACCGCGAGACCGAACUGGUACCCAUCAUCGGCCUCGAUAACGGCGACCUCGACUCGGCGGCCGCCCCAGAACAGCCCCUCGGCGCCCCGGGCUCCUUCGUCUCCACCCAGCCCCCCAAGCUCGUCAAGCUGAUCGCCAAGCAGCUCUCCAUCUCGGACCCAAGCAGCAUCCUCAACUGGGAGCUCGAGCUGUUCGACUCUCAGCCCGCCACCGUCGGCGGUCUCGACAGGGAGUUCAUCUUUGCCGGCCGGAUCGACGACAAGCUCUGCUCGUGGGCCGCCUUCAUGGCCCUCCUGCACGCCAAGUCGGACCCCUCCGAGGGCAACAUCAAGCUGGUCGCCCUCUUCGACGACGAGGAGAUCGGCUCCCUCCUCCGCCAGGGCGCGCGCGGCAACUUCCUGCCCAUCACCAUCGAGCGCGCCGUCGAGGCCCUCGCCUCCGCGGCCAAGACCCCCUUCGGCCCGGGCCUGCUCGGCCAGACGUACGCCUCCUCCUUCCUCGUCUCGUCCGACGUCACCCACGCGGCCCACCCCAACUUCCCCCAGACCAACCUGGCCGGCCACUCGCCCCGCCUCAACGUCGGCGUCGCCCUCUGCGUCGACGCCUCGGCCCACAUGACCACCGACAGCGUGAGCAUGGCCAUCCUGGACCGCGUCGCCGACCUGGCCGGCUGCGUCAACCAGCGCCACAUGAUCCGCAACGACUCCCGCUCCGGCGGCACCGUCGGCCCCAUGCUCAGCGCCGCCAUGGGCUGCAAGGCCGCCGACGUCGGCAUCCCCCAGCUCAGCAUGCACAGCAUCCGCGCCACCACCGGCAGUCUCGACCCGGGCCUGGGCGUCAAGUUUUACAAGGGCUUCUUGGAUCAUUGGGAUGCCGUCGACCGUGAGUGGCGGAACUAGAGGCUGAGGAGCGCACGCGCGUGUGUGUGACAGAGAGAGGGGAAGAUGCGUGUGUAGGUGUGUUUUCUGAAAUGAGGCAUGCGUUGUAUAGAGGAGAUCUAAUAGAUACCAACCAAUGGAAAUGGAUAUAUCAUCAUCAUUCAGGCCGGGAUGCGGCGGAGAUAUGGCGGCUCGAUUGGUAGGUGAUGGAUGAUAUAUAUAUAUGUAUAUUAUACAUAUAAACCGUGCGCUCAACUCGAACAUGAAACACGUUGGAUAACCAAGCUGCUGGGUAUCGAUGAUGUCUUUCUCUUUUUUCCCCUGGGAAUGCUAUUUGCCCCCAUGACCUCUAUUUUACUCUAACAACCAAAGAUGCUCCGGUCUAUAACCCAGCUAUGCAGA